AUGCAACGCACCACGCUCGGCCCACUUCCGCCAGCAUCGCUGCUGCUAUUCCUGCAGUCUGCCUCACCGCAGCUGACAUUUGAUGCCUUCAAAGACGACUGUCGGGUGUGUGGUGUGCCGUGGUACUCUUCACAGGCGCAGCAGUUAUGUGUUGCAUUGUUGGUCAAGCAUCCGCUCGUGCAAAAAUUCCCACCCCGCAAGGCGAAUAUUCGUGCGUUCCUGAAGCAUUUUAUCACACAGCUGGAACUUCUGCCAACCACGCCGCGCACGACGGAGGCGCUAAGCGAGGACCUCGUCGACUCGCAACUCAUGGAAGCUUAUGUUGAUUUCUCUGUGAGCACCUCCAGUGAUUCUCAGACAAGCAUGUGCUACAAGAUAUUAUACUCCCCUGGCACACCGAAAACAUUUCUGCCUGUUCGUUUGGCCGCGGGGCAAUUCGCGAAUGUGGGCCUCGCGCUUUGGCCAGCAGCAUUUGUAUUGGUAGAGCUUCUUUUGGCGGAACUCUCCAGCCCCGCCUCCGUUAUGUUGCCCCGCGAAGGUGAUUUGCGGAUCCUGGAACUUGGCGCUGGUGUUGGGUUAACGCCAGUUAUGCUCCACCAGCACAUGUGCUACAGGGAGCGGGUCAAGGGAUGUGUCCUCACCGAUUACCAACCAGAGUUGAUUGAAAACAUUCUCUUUAACCUGCAUUCCUAUAUCACGGCAAGGGAACCGAUGCAUGACUCUUUCUGCCGCACUGAGGAGGAGGAUGCGCCGCAUGUUGCCGAAAUUCUUGACUGGACGGAGCACGAGCGAAACCGAGAAAGGCUGCAGAAGUGGGGGUGCAAUCUCAUUCUAGCCGCAGACUGCAUCUACGAUGUGAAUUUGAUUGACUCCCUCGUCACCACGCUUCAUCAGGCCUUGAGCUCCGCUGAGGAUGCUGUCGCCAUCGUCGUCCAGUCACAUCGGCAGAAAGAAACAAUGAAACGCUUUUUUGAUGCCACAUGGGCGGCGUCCAUAUGUGUCUCUUCCUACCGUCUUGCCAAGACAAGUCCCUCGCCGUCGGAGGGCUUCGUUAUGCUUCGGAGGAGCCCAAUCUGCCUGGAGGAUUCCGGCGCCGGCUUCACCGUGGUUCGUGCCGACAUGGACGCGGAUGGCAGUUUUAAGGAUUGCCAAUCGGAGAGCUGCGGAAGCGGGUGGGUGGGUCCUUUUUUCCUCCAGUCUGAGGCCGUGGUGGGCAUUCACGUGCUUAGACUCCGGUGA